GAAGUCGUAAGCCUAAAGUAAAAUGUACCCGCUUUCUAAAUUCCCAUUUUUCUCGUCUUUUCUAAAUUCCCUUUAUCCCUUCGUGAAGAACCCUUUUACAACCUCAGUUAAAUCCCUAAAUCCCAAAACCAACCCGAAAUUGUCCCAAAAGUCCCUAAAAUUCCACGCAGACUCUUGAAUCAAUAAAUUCCGAGCUCGAAAGUGCCUACUUAGAUAACGAGGUCGAACCUCUGCGGAUUAGGCUUUGGCUUUGAAUCAUCCAGGUUCUAUUCGCCGGAGGUUUACGAUUUAAGCUUAGAACAUCUUGCUUUGCUCCGCCGGUUCAUUACGUGUCAGCUCCGUCGGUUCUCUUGGCCAUCGUCUUGCCUCCCAUUAUUAUUCUCCUCAAAUUCGGCUGCAAAGGUAAAAUUUUAUUUAUUUACUGUAUAUAUCUCGAGCCUUAAUUUUAGAAUCCAAUUGUUUUUUUUUUUUUCUUUUUUUUUUUCUCUCAAGGAGAUAUGUGCUCGAGAUUGGUAAGAGCCAAAAAUUGGUUUGAGUGAUCAGAUUCUCUUUUCAUUUGUUUUUGUUCCCGAUUGAUUUGUGUGCGGCAAGUUUUCUGCUUAUGAUAUGGUAUAUUACACUGAUAUGGCCGAAUAAAUGUAUUUCUCUGAUGGCGAUCUGUAUAGUGUAUGCCUAGGACAUGUGAUGUUUCAUUGCUUGUGCUCCGUAGUGUUUUUUUUUUUUUUUUUGGUUUCUUUUUUUUCCGCUUUGAGUAGGGCUUUUAAGGAAGCUCUGCUAUCUUCAUCAGUUGUGUGACUUUAAUGUCUGUCUGAAUUUGAAUUUUCGGUAAUGAAAGAAAAGAAUGUAUGAUAAAUUAGAAUAAUGUACUGGUGAGAACUUGUGGAUUUCAGUUUCCAGCUUGGUCUAUUUAAUAUGUUGUGCUUUAUUUCAGAAGUCUCGUCUGUUUAAUUUGCCAUGCUUUAAUUUGCUGGUCUGGUUUUGUUGCGUACAUGGCGAGGAGUAGAGCAGGAAAGCUUGUUUGAAUGGUUUGAAUCAAGUUAUAUAACAGGAGGAUUAGCAAAAAAUCAGUAACUCGUGAUCAGGCAGCAUUAGGUAUUCUGCCUCUAAUAAAGAAAUAGCUGAAAAUUUGUCUCCCAAAUGAUCUAGUAAACUCGGAAAUUGUUGUAGUUUGAUUUUAUUUGGAUUUGUCCAGUAAUGGUUUAGUUCGUUUAGUUAGGUUUGGCAUACUUUGCUUAGAAUAGAGUAGAGAACCAGAUACACUUAAAUGAAACUUGAGUAGAAAAGUUGCCAGAAUAUUGCUGAUUGGUGGAGAAGCUAUAGAGGACAUGCUUCUGUGCAAGGAGUAUAUACUCCCUAUUGCAGGAGUUAUGAAAUUCAGAUCUUCUUUUGAGAAUGUUGUUUACUGUAAUCUUCACUUUAACUAUCGUAAGUGGAGACAAUGUUUGAAAUCCUGGAGUGACGCUUUACCAUGUUUAGACAUCUUGCAUGCUUAUAAUGACAGUGAUGUGAUCAUGCGAUAAAAGUGGAUGCAUUUGCAAGUGUUUGUUUAGAAUAGAACAGUUAUUUUGAGUGUAAUCUUCGACAUCGUCAGUUAGUGUCAUGAUUUUUUAUAUCUUGUCAGUCAUCUUUUUCUGAUGUUCAGGAAAUGUUUUACAACAAUGCUAUUGGAGAUCUUCAUCCGUUUCUCCCCUGUUAAUGUUUGCGGUUUGGUUGCAGUUUUUCAAGAUGCCAAAGGUAAAGACAAACCGUGUGAAAUACCCUGAGGGGUGGGAGUUGAUUGAGCCUACCCUGAGUGACCUGCAAGCAAAAAUGAGAGAAGCUGAGAACGACCCAAAUGAUAAUAAAAGGAAAUGUGAGGCAUUGUGGCCCAUUUUCAAAAUAGCCCACCAGAAGAGUCGCUACAUUUUCGACCUUUAUUACCGGAGAAAAGAGAUUUCUAAGGAAUUGUUUGAGUUUUGCUUGGACCAAGGCUAUGCCGACCGGAAUUUGAUUGCCAAGUGGAAAAAGCCUGGGUACGAGCGUCUGUGCUGUCUAAGAUGUAUGCAACCUCGGGAUCACAACUUCCAGACAACAUGCGUCUGUCGAGUGCCAAAGCAUCUGCGGGAGGAAAAGGUCAUCGAGUGUGUGCAUUGCGGCUGUAAAGGGUGUGCCAGCGGUGAUUGAGCAUAUCUUGGUACUCAAUGAAUACCCUCUAACUAAAUAUCAUGAAACAGAUGCUAUCUCUGUACUCUAGUGUUACUGAUGUUGUGGGAAUGCAAGUGCUUUUAGAGACUAGAAGUUUGAGACAAUUGUAGCUAGCUGUAUUUAACUAGUGGUAAUAUGUUUGUCGCCACUAGCCAGUGCCUAUGUUCUCGCAGUGCAAUAUACUGACUUGCAAUGAUGUGAGGAUCACAUAACCUGAUGAUGGGUGACCUGUUUAAUUUCAUGUUCCGCAGUAUCUUAGCUGAUUAUGUGUAUGUAGUGACUAUCAUUUGUAUGAUCUUUCUGCCUGAAUGGUUGAAAGUGACGGUGUUAAAGUUAAAACAUUUGCAACUGGUUCCUGCUUAAGUAACAUUAGUUUUUAUUAUCUCUGUUGCGGAAUAAUUGUUCAAUGUGAUUUUUUAUUUCUUUUUAAGUUGAAAUUACGUUAAAAAUAAAAAUUCAAGUAAGACACUUUGAGACAUGGAGUAUUGUUAUUGACAAUCAAG